AAUGAGAACCAAAUAUGGAAAUUUAGAUAAAUCAAUAAUCUUCGCUGGAUUCAUUUUACUAAUCAGUGACUAAAGAACAUUUGUGAAAUCCACUUCAUUUGAGAGGAGUCAAAAUAGAGUUCAAAUAGCAGCUAUAGCAAUCUGAGAAUGUUAAUUUAAUGUGGGGUUGUGGUGAAAUGCUGCACAGCUGAAACUGGCAACACUGAAAAGCGUAAUAGGGGUGAACACUAACUAUUUAAUGUAGGCUAUGUAUGUAAUACUUCAUGUACAGUAGCCUAAUGUGUGUGUAGUGCGGGGCUUACGCUGAAGUAUAUAGACAUAAGGUUGUUAUGGCUAUGCGCUUCAGUUAUAAAAUCGGUUUACUGUGGUUGGACUACAACUCCCAGUUUCCACAUGCUUGUAUAACUUGUAAUUUCCGUUUCCUGUUUGCCGGCUACACAUGAAAAUUGUCUCUUGUGUUUUUAAGAUAGCUAAAUGUGUACCAGAAAACUGUAGGUUGGGAAUUUAAGUUGCGUCCUCUGUGCCUUGUAUGUGACCCCUGCUUUAGAAAGCCCAGAUGAUGACGACGACAUGGAGACACCUGCCGCGGUACUUGGUUAUGAGAAGGGGUGCCUUCUCUUCCUCGGCAUGUAUGGGGGCUGUGAAUUUUGUGCCCGCCAGCCGCUCCAUUGACCCCAGCGAUUUGGAACGGCUUCGGGCUUUUGUGUCAAGGGCACGACGUCUCUUCGUUAUCACUGGCGCUGGACUUUCCACCGAGUCAGGAAUCCCAGAUUACCGCUCAGAAGGAGUAGGUUUGUACGCGCGAACUGAUCGGCGGCCCAUGCAGCAUGUCGAGUUCCUGCGUAGUGCCAAAGCACGACAGCGCUACUGGGCGCGCAACUAUAUGGGGUGGCCACAAUUCUCCUCAUAUAGACCGAACUCUGCCCACUUGUCUCUGCGGGAAUGGGAAGCACAGGAAAAAGUACACUGGUUGGUCACUCAAAAUGUGGACGCGCUGCAUUUCAAAGCUGGUCACCAACGUUUUACAGAGCUGCACGGCUGUACACACAGGGUGGUGUGUUUAGGUUGUGGGGUCCUUACAGUCCGAGAGGACCUGCAGAAGCGCUUCACAGAGAUGAACCCUGCCUGGGCAGUUGAAGCGGGGGCAGUAGCACCAGAUGGAGAUGUCUUUCUGGAAGACGAACAGGUGCUGAACUUCAGAGUGCCCUCCUGCCAGAACUGCGGAGGUAUCCUAAAGCCAGAGGUCACUUUCUUUGGAGAUUCAGUCAGCCGGUCAACUGUGCAAUUUGUGCAUGAUAGGCUGGCAGAGUCGGAUGCAAUGCUGGUGGCGGGCUCCUCUCUGCAGGUGUAUUCAGCGUACCGCUUCCUCCUUGCUGCCAAUGAGAGCAAGAUACCUGUUGCCAUCCUGAACAUCGGACCCACCAGAGCAGAUCACAUGGCAGAGCUGCGAGUGAGUGCCCGUUGUGGAGAGGUGCUUCCUGUUAUACAGCCUUGUUGACGUUUCAUCGCUUUGCAUCAGAAGAUGGAAUGAAGACCUCUGGUGUUGUAUAGUACACAACCAGUUUCACACAGAAAACUAUUUGGUAUUUUCUGGUUGUGCUUCUCUCAGGAACUAAAUUUGAGACUAAGCCAGAUUAUGUAACUGAUCUGGUAUUGCAAUGAAAAAAACGUUUAUCUUAGAUAUGAACAUUACCUCAAGGAAUGUAGAACAUAAGGCUGGGGGUUGAAAUAUAUUUGCCGUUACAGUGCAAUGCUCAAUUUUUGCACACAUUUUACAGGUCCCUUUAUACUUAUACGUAUACGUACGUAUACACAUCUUACAGGUUCCUUUAUACUUAUACGUACGUAUACAAUAUUCUGUGAACUGAAUCAACUUCUACUGAGUGGAGGACAGAAAGAAGCUGCAUUACUGUUUCAGACCAGUCCUUUCCUCAUUCCUUCUUGACUGAACCUACAGUAUGAUAUCAAAUGAUGGUAACAUCAAGGGACUUUUGGUUCACAAAUCACAAAAUAACUAUGAAUAUGGGGGAAAAGAGAGUCUGUCUUGUAUUCAUGUUGAAAAUCAGCUCCACUGCAUAUUGAGGAAGGUUACGAUCGACUCCUUUGCUCAAUAAUGAAUCACACUGACGUACGGAAACAAAAUGAAUCUGUCAUCUGUUAGUAUCUAUAUGCAAGGAAUUGUUUUAAAAGGAAAAGGAAAAUCUGUAAUAUGACAUUUCUCUGAACUAUUCAUAUUUAGAGAUGGUUUAAUGGUGCUCCUUUAUUCUUGAAUGUGCAAUAAACAGGUUUGGAUUACU